AUGAAAAUUUCUAUUCUGCCACUUGUUGAGGAUGAUUCGAUUGUUUUUGUGAUUAUUUAUUUAUUAUUUUUAUUGGAUAAUGUAUUAUUAACUGUUGUUGUGCCGAUAAUACCUGAUUUCCUUUUUUCCAACGAAUUAAACGUGACUAUCGACGCGAAUGAUUUAGCACCUGCAUCGCUAAGUCCACUGCAAAGAAAAUUUCAUAAUUUAGAAAAUGAAAAUGGACCCCUAGGUGUUUUACUUGCUUCAAAAGCUUUGGUACAAUUGGCGUUUACACCUUUCAUAGGAUACUUAGUUGGUGUUUUGGGUUGUUAUAUACCACUUUUGGUUGGAACUUUCAAUUUACUGCUUGCUUCUAUUCUAUUUGCUUGUGGAAGUACCUAUGGGGUGCUAGUACUUGCUAGAGCUUUACAUGGUAGCGCAUCAGCAGCUAUAGCAGUUAGCGGAAUGAGCAUUUUAGCCAAAAAAUUCCCGCCAACUUUAAGAGUAAAAUUGAUGCCAAUAGCUUUUGGAGGAAUCGCGUCUGGCGUAUUGAUUGGAUAUCCACUAGGUGGAGCUGUAUAUCAAAUGCUAGGAAAAUCUGCUCCGUUUAUAUUUAUAUCCAUUUCUAUCGUCAUAUGUAUUAUUUUACAGUUACGUUAUUUAAAAGAAGAAUCUUCACAGUGUGAGAACCAUUCCUCUCCAAACGGUUUUCAAGAUUGUAUCGAUUUACUUAAAGAUCACAAAACGAUUAUAGUUGUUUCAACUAUCUGCGUAUCAACUUCGACAAUGGCUAUUUUGGAGCCUUGCGUUCCUAUGUGGCUUAUGGCUAGACUGGAUCCGUUACCGACCAAAUGGCAAUUAGGAGCAGUUUUCAUUCCGGAUAGUGUAGGCUAUUUCAUCGGUUCCCAUUUCGCAGGUUUUUUACCAGUCGCACCUUGGAGGACAGCAAUCAUAGCGAUGGUAAUAAUAGGGCUCAGUUGUUACGUUCUUCCUUUAGCAAACACCAUCUCCCAGCUUUCCCUGCCUCAUUUUGGUAUUGGUUUAGGAGUUGGGGCGGUGGAUGCAGCUUUAGUACCUCUUCUAGCUACUUUUGCAGACAAAAGAGGAGGUAAUCACUAUGGACCAAUUUAUGCCCUACAGCAAUCUUCCGUAUCCGUUUCGUAUUCAUUCGGUCCCUUAUUGGGAGGAUUAGCAGUUCGUUUACUGGGAUUUUGUUGGGUUAUUAGGAUUGUAGGGUUUCUUAAUUUACUUAUUUCACCUUCACUAUUGGAACUCGAAGAAAAACCAGUGAGUGAUCCUAUUCCUUAA